GAAGUACUCAGCUGUCCAAAAACUGAAGAUGGGUGGAAGGAUGUGGCCAAGAAGUUCAGUUCCAGAUGGAAUUAUCAUAAUUGCCUUGGUGCCGUCGACGGCAAACACAUGGCAAUCAGGAAGCCGCCAAAGUCUGGGUCCUUGUACUUUAACUAUAAAGGUUUCCAUAGUAUUGUUCUCAUGGCUGUAGCAGAUGCAGAAUAUAAGUUUCUGUAUGUGGAUGUUGGAGCAGAGGGUGGCUCUUCAGAUGGUGGAACUUGGAAAAACUGCAACUUGUAUGAUGCCAUUGAAGGGGAAAGAGCAGGGGUGCCGCCACCGGAACCAAUGCCCAAUGAUGACAUGCCCAUACCUUUCCAUUUUGUAGCUGACGAUGCAUUUGCGAUGAAGCCCUGGCUAAUGAAGCCCUUCUCACAUAGGUCCCAAGUUCAUGAAGAGAUCAUAUUCAGUUAUAGACUAAGCCGAGCUAGGCGAGUAGUGGAAAACUCGUUUGAUAUUUUGGCUCACAGGUUCAGAUGUUUCCUGACUACACUUCCGCAGAAGCCCCAAACUACCAACUUAAUCAUCUUGAGUGCCUGCGUCUUACAUAAUCUGAUAUUAACCAGGUACCCACUGGCAUCAGGAGAUGUAGACCAUGAAGAUCCAUCUACGCAUGCGAUGAUACCUGGUGCAUGGAGAGACGACCCUGUGUUUCACGGUCUGAGAGCUCCGACAGGAAACACUUCUAUCAAGGAAGCUAAGAGCCAACGUGCAUAUCUAUCACAUUAUUACACCUCCCGCGCUGGAGCAGUUUCUUGGCAAGAAAAGAUGAUAACCUAAGCAGAUUAACUAUGACAUUAUUGUGAUGCAGUAUAGCACUAGCUCAAUUCCACAAAAAAUGCCAAAUGACACUGGCACAAAUGAAAUUUUAUUUCUUGAAUGGUUAUGU